GUUCUCUUGACUAACCCGCAGUCAGUCACACACAACAAGAGGGGGAGCUCCUCUGAUCCAGAAGCGCUCUCCGUCAGAAAACAGAACUCUGGAAGAACCUCGCUCUCUUCCAUGAAUCAUUGGCUCAAGGCUGCACAUCAUCUACCGAAGAAGAAGCUCCAGUUUCGGCUCUGAUCCGGGCUGAUCGGCGCAGUUUGCCUCUGACAGUGUUGGAUUUAGUUUCAAAUAUCUUCUGGGACAGUUUUUCUUCCACAUCCAGCGAUGCCGGAGGACGUCGGAACCGCCAAACCCGGAGGAGUCAUUGCCUACAUUUCAUCCAGCUCUGCCUCCACCUCGGAGUCCUGUGUGAACAGCAGCUACGCGUCAGCAUCACCGGCUGUGCCUCGAUCCUCGCUGCCCAGUAGGGCCGUGGGCAUGGUAGUGGAUAUUGCUCCACCCGCAAAGCGCGGCCCAGGCUCCGAGAAGACCGGUCGCUCCACCACUUCCACGAAGUGCAGCAUCACCAAAAUUAACGGUAUGGUGCUGCUGUGCAAGGUGUGCGGCGACGUGGCCUCAGGUUUCCACUACGGCGUCCACGCCUGUGAGGGAUGCAAGGGCUUCUUCAGGAGAAGCAUCCAGCAGAACAUCCAGUAUAAGAAGUGUCUGAAGAUGGAGAACUGCACCAUCAUGAGGAUCAACAGGAACCGUUGUCAGCAGUGUCGCUUCAAGAAGUGUCUGGCUGUCGGCAUGUCUAGAGACGCUGUGAGAUUUGGCCGCAUCCCAAAAAGAGAGAAGCAGAGGAUGCUGCUGGAGAUGCAGAAUGCCAUGAACAACAUGAUGAGCAAAAACAGCCAGCUGCACAAUAUGCUGCACAGCGACCAGAGCUCCUCUCUACCCAUGGAUGCCAUGAGCAGCGACGCCAGCUCAUCCUCUUCUUCUUCUUCCUCCUCCUCCUCUACCUCUGAAUUUCCAUCGUGUUCCAACCCGUCCUCCCCUCAGUGCCCCCAGGACUCUGAGUCAGUGGUUUCCAUGGACACCAACUCUAGCUCAGCCUCUUCCUGUGCAUCGGACAGCAGCGAGGACGAGGCCGUGGUAACGAUAAGCAGACAGCACCAAGAGGCCUUUCCUUUCAGCCAGCAGAGGUCACAGACUCAGGAUCAACUCUCCUCGUCACCUGGCACGGCUGCCCUGGAGACGGGCUGCAACAGCCGCGCGGAGGAGCAGCAGCAAAGUUUCAACUGCUGGAACAACAACGACAACUCAGCUGCAGGAAGCUACCAGCGCUGUCCGUACAGCAGCAGCGUCUCCAACUCUGCCUUCAGAGACGAGACAGGAGCAUACCAACAGCAGCAGCACAGCCACAAACCGCAUGACUUCAACGCACAAUCCACCUCCAGUGGUUCCGACAGACCAAACAGCUGUGUGAAGAGCAGAGCAUACCUGGUCUGCCCCAUGAACACUUCACCUUACGUGGACCCCAACAAGCCCAGCCAAGAGAUCUGGGAAGAGUUCUCCAUGAGCUUCACCCCCGCCGUGCGGGAGGUGGUGGAGUUUGCCAAGAAGAUCCCAGGCUUCCGUGACCUCUCUGAACACGACCAAGUGAGCCUGCUGAAAGCCGGAACAUUCGAGGUGUUGAUGGUCCGGUUUGCCUCCCUUUUCAACAUGGCCGAGCAGACGGUCACCUUUCUGAGCGGUAAGCAAUACAGCCUCGGCACGCUGCGAUCGCUGGGUGCCGGCGAGCUGCUCAACUCCAUGUGCGAGUUCAGCGAGAAGCUGGCGGCUCUGCGGCUCAACCAGGAUGAAAUGAGCCUCUUCACUGCAGUGGUGCUCGUCUCAGCCGAUCACUCUGGGAUUCAGAAUUUAAACUCAGUGGAGGCCUUGCAGGACAAACUGAUCUGGGCGCUGCGGAACCUGGUGAUGCAGAACCACGGCGACGAGUCAGCCACCACUUUCACUAAGCUGCUGCUCAAACUUCCUGAGCUGCGGUCGCUCAACAACAUGCACUCCGAGGAGCUGCUCUCAUUCAAGGUGCACCCAUGAAGGCUUCCUAAGUGGGGACACUGAAAUCCUCCACCUGGACCUGCCUCUGACCGGCCCCCACCCCCCUGCCCCGUAUUCGACCAACCCCGUGCCCGUCUGUUGAAUGUAUGAAGUUAUUUUUUUAUCCUGUUAUGGUUGAGUUGGCCACGUGGGGGCUGCAGAGAAACAUAAAGUUUACUGUAUUUAUAGAAAGGAUAGCUUUGCUUGUUGCACACAAAUACACACAAAUGCAUGUGUGUUGGAGGUUCUUAGUUGGAUGCAUUUUUUUAUUUUUAAAAGGAAGGAGUACCUAAUAGGCUCUUUAAAAUAUAAAUGUAUAUGUAUACAGUGCAAACAUUGAUUUGUCAAUGAUUUUUUUUUUUACAUUUGUUUUCUCCAAAAGCCAUUAAUUCCAAAGUGUAACCUCUGAACGGAUGAAUGAAAGACAUUUACAGUAUGUAUGUUUGCUCUAAUCAGUUUUUAUUUUGUGUUGUGAGGAAGACAAGCUACCGGACGAAUGUGUGAUCACGGCAAAUGCAUGGUUGUACUUUGAUAUUCUAAAUACGAUUAUCUGGAUCUGCUCCCCUCACUCAGAAAGCAUCAGUCCAUUGUGUUGGUGUACAUAGCGAUGUGUGUUUUAAUCCUAAUUUAAUUUGUGCACAGCUGCUUUAUUUUGCGAGUCGAUUUUGCUGUUUAAAGCAAAAACACUACAUUUGCACAAAGCAGAAAAAAAACAAGUAAAACAGUCUGAUGCAUCAUUUGAAGACCACUUUUUUUUUUUUGCCAUUUCCCAUUUUUUGGUUUUGAUUUAAACAGCUUUCAGCAUGGCACUGAACUUUGUUACCAGCUUUUCCUCAUUGACUUUAUCAGCUACUGGCAACAGUGCUGUUUGUAAAUAUUCAUAUGAAAAAAAAAUUAUAUAUAUAUAUAUCCAAUGAACAUAGAAUAUAUAAAAUAGUAUGAAUAAAAAUGAAUGAAGAUAAA